GGACACUGACGAUCCGGUUGCCUGGAGUAGAAAGAUCGGUAGCUGGAUUGAGUGAUUGAUUGAUACUUUUUUUAGAGAGUUUGGUUUCCCUUUAGCAACAUUCAGCAGCUUCACAUCCGAGAGAAGAAGAGGAAGAGGAGAUAAUAAAGAAAAUGGCAAAGAACGAUACAGUCUGCCCGGCAUGCAACAACGUCCCACCUACGAUCCCAUCUGUCCGGCCCCGCCCCGAAGGCCGCGCUCGCGUCAUCCAGUGCGGACAGUGCAAGGGAUGGAGUAUCAAGGAACUUCGUCCCUUGGCGGAUAUUGACCUGUUUAAUCUUCCGGAUAUAAGUGGACGCAAGCCCAGACGGAAGAAUGCCGAUCUUGAUCUGCGCAGAAACACAACUGAGCCAGCGGGUGCUCAGCCACGGACAGGAAAAUCUCUUCGAAGGCGGAGUCUUCCUUUGUCUGUUUCGGUCCCGUCGUCUUUGCAAGUUCUUACAAAGACACAUACGAGAAGUAGCGCACGACUUCGUACUCGAUCUCGACAUACUGCGAGACCAGACGACGCUAUCAGCAGUGAAGGACCAAGACCUGACCGUGUCGGAGAUCAAGGUCCUCCCGAGAAUGAAAAAGCAGACGGAAAGGGUGAUUUGGAUAUUGAUAUCCACGAGCUAGACCAAGAACUACUCGCAGCAGAGUCCAAUAUAAGCUCGACAAACCAAACGAAAAAGACGCACGAGACAGUGAAGGAUAGUCACGACACAUAUCGUACAACGAAUAUACCAUCCCCGCCCGCAGCAGCAGCGCCAACGAAGCUGUCAAUAACGGCGCGCGAAGAGGUAUAUACCGUCCCGCAACAUGCCAAGGCUGUAGGUCCGCUGGACUGGGAUAUGCGACAGAUUGAAAGUCCUCUUGACCUCUCUGUCCCACUUGACCUUCCUCCUAGCUUACAGCACGAAGGUCCUAGUACCUCGCCGCACGAUGAUCCUCGUGCCGGUCCGCCCGCUCAGAACACCGUGCUCAAUCUGAAUCCUACACACCACCGCACCCACAAACCUCCACGUCCAGUGCGCAAUCUAGGCCAUGGUCAUGGUCAUGGUCGCAAUCAUCCCGCAUUCGACACAGCCGACAGAAAGAAAAUCGUCGCGGAGAAAAUGACCCCCCUAGAACUCCGCCGCAUGAGGCGCCGACGGAGGAACUACAUGGGUCGAAUGACCAAGACGUAUCCUUUGGCCCGUCUUGGGCCCGCCGACGAUACUUUCGUUGACCUUGGCCUUGACCGGGACUUUGACUUUGACAUUAACCUUGAUGGUGAUAUUGUUUCUCGAAAUAUUUCUUCUCGGAACUCAGAUGUGAAGAGGCUGCCGGUAGGGCCAGUACGACCAACGGGAUCGACUGCACCGACGGGACUGGCAGGACCAACGGUUGUUGAAAUAGAACCACGCAUCCCGCCCCGCGCAGGAAUGGCAUUUGGUCUGCGCGCCAUCCCGCGGCGAUGCGUGUUUGAUGGGCGCGGCGGCAUGUUUGUCUGUCAUGACCACAACCACUCUGGCUAUCCUCUUUGUUACCGUCGAAGUCACCCGUACUUUGACGACUCUUACGGCGGCCUUACAUACCGUGAUGAUGCCCAUUACGGCAAUCUGCACGACGACAGCGCUUCAGGCGCGUCUGACCACGGCGCUUGGGGCGGGUCAGUCUCAGAGGAAGGGGACGGUAGAAACAUCGCUUCGUGGACAGGCGGGAAUAAGAAACGAAAGAAAGUUUCGCUGGGGCUGGGAAAGUUGGCGGGCAUGUUACUCGCCAUGGACAUGGACAUUCACGCGGACAUUCACGCGGACGUUAAUGUAUUUGAUGGAUCUGACGGAUCGGAUGUAUCGACGCUGUCGUUAGUGCACGAGGAGGCUGAAGGGAACGGCAACGACGACGUCGAUGAUAUGACGGACACCGGAGAAAGAAGGAGAGGAAUUGGAGGGGGAGGGAGGAGGAGAAGGAGAAUGUUUGGCUUGACGACGCCGCCAGUCCGAAGGGUUUUUGUUUAGAUUUUUCUAAUAUUUUGGGUUUUAUUUUAUUUUUCUAUUCUUUUUUUCUAUUCCUUUUUUUCUAUGCCUUUUUUUGGUGUGUGUGUGUGUUUCUUGGGAUUUAGAUUUUAUUUUAUUUUUUUGGCACUUGUGUCUUUCUCUAUUGACCCUCACACGCUUUGUCUGAAAUUUAUGAAUGGGAUUGAUUUAGUUGUAUGCGUACUCAAUAAUAUGUAAAAAAAAAAGAAAAGAAACUAAGUAAGGACGAGAAAGGGAAAAUAAGAUGAGAAAAAUACAUAAAUAAACAUAUCACUCUUUUGUCUCUACUGUGACAGAAUAUGGUAUAAAACUACUUGGCACAAUAGAAGAUUACAUGCUUCAUUAAUG